UUAAAUCAUUUUAUUUACUUUUCCAAAUUAUUAUCGCAUUAUCGCCCGAACGAGUUGCACAAUCAACGCUAAACGAUUUUAAUUCCUUAUCACUUCGAUUAAUACUUUAAUAACCGUUCCAAGGAAAAGAGAAAAAAAGGUCGAUCGAUUGGUUUCCACUUCUCUAUAUUAUAAUUCCUAAUAUAGAAAACCUGUUUAUCUAUUAAUUAACAGACAAGACAUCCCGAUGGUCGCGGAAGGAACGGGACAGAUCAAAGUGAACCUUGACCAGCCCAGGUAUGAUCAAAACACUUAUACAGGACGGGCCAGGCAUUUCUUCCUCACCACCAAUCCCUUGAAUAUUUUCGCCACGAACCAGCAGCUCGAAGAUGCCAGGGAAAUCGUACGGAAAUACAGGUCCGGCGAGAACGUCCCGAACAUCGACGAGAACGCCCUCUGGAAGGCGAAGAACCUCUACGAUUCCGCCUUCCAUCCGGACACCGGCGAGAAGAUGAACAUUUUAGGCAGGAUGUCCGCCCAGGUGCCCAUGAACAUGCUCAUCACCGGCGGCAUGAUCACCUUCUACAAGAGCACCCCGGCCGUCGUCUUCUGGCAAUGGCUCAAUCAAUCCUUCAACGCUUUGGUCAACUACACAAACCGAAGCGGCGAUUUGGCCCAAAGCGACACCCAGAUUCUGACGUCGUACGUUUGCGCCACCGGCGGCGCCGUCGGGACGGCCCUCGGCCUCAACAGUCUGACAAAGAGAAUGCCCCAGUUGAUAGGCAGGAUGGUGCCUUUUGUGGCUGUAGCGGCAGCGAAUUGCAUCAACAUACCCAUGAUGAGGGCGCAGGAAUUGAAAGAGGGAACGCCUGUGUAUGAUGAGCAAAACAACAAGCUGGGCUACUCCAAAGCGGCCGCUCAGAAUGGGAUCGUUCAGGUGACGUUCAGCAGGAUUUUCAUGGCUCUGCCGGGCAUGGUUAUAACGCCGGUGAUAAUGAAUUCGCUGGAGAAGAAGGGAUUGUUGCGCAGACACCCGUGGCUGGUGUUGCCGGCCUCCGUCGGGGCCUUGGGACUGUGCUUGACAUUCGCCACGCCGUUGGCCUGCGCGUUCUUCAAGCAAAAGGCCAGCAUUCCGUUCGAGCAAUUGGAGCCCGAGUUGAAAGAAAGCAUAAAGAAGAGUUCGAAGCGCGUCCCGGUCGAGGUUUAUUUCAAUAAAGGUUUGUAAGCCCGACGAAGCGAUGGUAGUGAAUUGAAGUACUUUUAUGGAGAUUAUAUUUUGAUAUUGCGAUGGAUAUCACACUGCCAUUUUAUUGCAUUCCUUGUGGAUCCCGUACAUUCCGAAUCUCGAUGAUUUAUUCUUACAAAAAACGGCAAGGUAAUACUAAUGCAUUAAAAGACAAUAAUGUAAAUUAGAGAUUAAUUUGUUGUUUAAUUAUAAUAUGUGAUUUUUUUAAACUUGUACAAUUU